AUGUUGUUCGUCCUUACACUGCUGUUCGUGCUCCUAGUGAAGACAGAAAGUGAUGCCAAGACAGAGUGGAGAGAUUGCGACAACCGGAGGCAUAUGUAUUUACUGUUUCAAAACUUCUUCUGGAAGGCUAGGAGUGAUAUGGUAUGGAGUUGGCUGCUGGCGGACGUGGCUAACAGGACACUAAUAGAUCCGUCUUUGACAUGGAAGAACACCUGGAAAUCCAAAACAGGA